UCACUUCAGCCUGCAAUGUCUUCUUCUUUCCUCUCUUGGGAACGCCGACGGUCGAACCAUCAAUAACUUCCAUCCGGCGACCGAUCACCGGCGACCGACGGUAAUCGACUACCGACGUUCCCUCCGGUACGAGCACCAGUUCCGACUGCGACUUCAUCCCUAAUCUACGACGACCACUCGCAUCAUCUAUUGCUUUAAUUCUAUCUUGAUCAAGAACACUUGAAUCGCCAAAUAUAGACAAUGGAGAGACAAGAUGAAGUAGUGGUUGCAAACUCUAGUCGAUUGAAAUCUGUUGUGUGGAAUGAUUUUGAUAGAGUUAGAAGGGAUGAUACAUAUGUAGCAAUUUGUAGGCAUUGUAAAAAGAAACUGAGUGGUUCGAGUACUAGUGGUACAUCGCAUUUGAGGAAUCAUUUAAUCAGAUGUCGUAGAAGAACAAACCACGAUAUAUCUCAGCUGUUAACAACAAAAGGAAAGAAAAAUGAUGGAGCUAUGGCGUUAAUAAGCGUUCCUUCUGGUCGAGAGCAGAGAAAUAAUGAUUUGCUUAAUAUUGCACAGAGUACAUAUGAAGUAGAGCAUGCAAUUGAUAGCGCUUCUAGUAUUGGCUACAAUUUUGACAAUAAGAGGAGCCGAUUUGAUCUAGCUCACAUGAUUAUUUUACAUGGCUAUCCUUUGGCUAUGGUAGAGCAUGUGGAAUUUAAACGUUUUGUUAGGAACCUUCAACCUUUGUUCGAGCUAGUGACAGUCAAUUCAAUUGAAGCUGACUGUAAUGAGAUCUAUCAUAAAGAAAGACAAAAGGUUUAUGAAAUGUUGGAUAAACUGGGAAGUAAGAUUAGUAUCAGUGCUGAUAUGUGGUCUACUAAAGAUUCAGAUUACUUGUCUCUGAUAGCACACUUCAUAGAUUAUGAUUGGCAGUUGAAGAGGAAAUUACUGGAUUUUAUACCGGUUGAUCCUUCGCAUACUGAGGAAACACUUGCUGAAAAUGUAAUGAACAGUCUUAUGAGUUGGGAUAUAGAUCGCAAAUUGUUCUCAAUGACAUUUGACAUGGAUUCUACAAGCAAUAACGUUGUCAACCAAAUUAGAGAACGGUUCUGUCAAAAUAGGUUUCUUUUGUGUGAAGGCCAUCUAUUUGAUAUACGUUGUACUGCAAACAUUAUCAAAUUAAUGGUUCAAGAUGCCUUGGAAGGUUUAGAUGACAUAACCCGUAAGAUUCGUGAAAGCAUACAUUAUGUCAGGAGUUCACAAACAACACAGGAAAAAUUCAGUGAGUUGGUUCAAGCUUUAGGAGCCAAUAGUCAGAAGUGCUUAUGCAUUGAUAAUCCACUAAGAUGGAAUUCCACUUAUAUUAUGCUUGAGAUUGCUGUGGAAUUCAAAGAUGUUUUUUCUCUACUACGAGAAAGUGACUCCAACUAUUCAAUGUGCCCGUCAGAUGUAGAAUGGGGUAGAGCAGGUGUAAUUACAGGCUUCUUGAAGCUCUUUGUUGAAGUCUGCAACAAUUUUGCGGGAAACAAAUCUCCAACUGCAAACUUAUAUUUUCCUGAGAUUUGCGAUGUCCAUUUGCGUUUGAAAGAAUGGUGCCAGAAUCCAGAUGAUUGUGUAAGUUCUUUAGCAACAAAGAUGAAAUCCAAAUUUGAUGACUACUGGAAGAAAUGCAGCCUGCCUAUGGCCAUUGCAGCUAUCUUGGAUCCUCGGUUUAAGAUGAAACUGGUGGAAUUCUAUUACCGACAGUUUUACCAAGGCAAUGCAUCGGAAUGCAUCAGUGAUGUCUCCAACUCUAUUAAGGCACUAUAUAACGGUCAUGCUAUAUGCUCUCCUUUAGAUUCUCAUGGCCCAGGAUUGGCCUGUCAAAUGGGACCCAAUGGCGUGGAAUCUAGAGAUAGGCUGAUAGGGUUUGACAAGUUCCUCCAUGAAACUUCACAGAGCCAGAACCUGAAAUCAGACUUGGAGAAAUAUUUAGAAGAACCUCUUUUUCCUCUUAACAUGGAUUUUAACAUUCUGAAUUGGUGGAAAGUUCAAACGCCCAGAUAUCCCAUUCUAUCGAUGAUGGCACGCAACAUUUUAGGAAUCCCCAUGUCAAAAGUUGCACAAGAUUUCAUGUUUUGCACAGGGGAGAGGGUUCUUGACCAUAAUCGAAGCUCACUCAGAUCAGAUACAUUGCAGGCCUUGAUGUGUGCUCAAGAUUGGAUGCAAGAUGAAUUGAAAGAUUCUAGAGUCAUCAACUCAAUCCAUUCUACUUUACCAAUUAACUAUGAUGCCAAUUAGCAACACCGGGUAUUGAUCCAUAUUCAUCUGUAAGCUAAUAUUUUCAACGAGAUUAAAUCUACUGUUUUUCGAUUAGCCAACAAUAAUUUUUAUGUGGUCUACAAAAAAUGGUUUUUAAGAUCUAUAUAUUUGACAGAACUCAAGAGGUAGAUUUAUAUCGUCGUUACUGAAACAACUGCUCUUAGUAAUUUCCUUGUUUGUGUAUAUAUAUAUUUUUUCUGCA